CUUUAUUUAUCAUUGGAUUCUUCUAUAAAUAUAACUACAAAAGGAACCAAGGAAUUUAUGCACUGGAUGAUAUAAAGUGUAAAAAGCUUUAAAAAAAGGUAGUAACCACUAAUCAUCAGUGCUUAAAAGUAAUCAUCAAUAAAUGUAUUAGGAACAAUUAUUGAUAUUAAUGGGUCGUAAAAAGUUUGAUGGUGCUUGGGAAUGCAUAAAUGGAGGAUUGCACUUGCGGUGCUGUGGGAACCUGUCACCUGAGUCACACUAUCCGUCGAUGACGACGUAUCCGAAAGGAACGUCGUCGUCGAUGGGUGAAGGCUCAGAGGUGGCCAUAACUGUUGUUUUCUGCGUUAUGGGAAUGACAUGUGCUGCCUGUGCUGGAUCAGUUGAGAAAGCCAUCAAACGUUUACCUGGUAUUCGAGAGGCUGUUGUUGAUGUCUUGAAUGAUAAAGCCCAGGUUCUAUAUCUUCCCACCAUUGUUAACGAAGAGAGCAUACGUGACGCCAUUGAAGAUGCUGGAUUUGAGGCCAAAUCCAUGGAAGAUGAUAGUUCCAACAACACUUCAUUUCAAAUAUGUAGAGUACACAUAGGGGGCAUGACUUGUACUUCUUGCUCCUCCAACGUGCAAUCAGUUCUUCAAUCCCUUCGUGGGGUGCAAAUAGCACAAGUGGCCUUGGCAACUGAAGAAGCAGAAAUUCGUUAUGAUCCAAAGAUUAUAAGCUACACUCAACUAAUGGAAACUAUAUCAAACACAGGUUUUAAUCCCAUAUUAAUAAGCAAAGGGGAACACAUAAGCAAAAUUGAACUUAAAAUUGAUGGCAUAAAAAAUGAACAAUCAAUGUAUAUCAUUGAACAAUCUCUUAGGACACUUCAAGGUGUUGAAACCAUAGAAACAUAUUUAGACAUUAAUAAAAUUGUCUUAACUUAUAAACCUUAUAUGACUGGUCCAAGAACUUUCAUUGAACUCAUUGAAUCUUCAGGAUCAGGGUGUUUUAGAGCCACAAUAUUUCCAAAUGAUGGUGGAAGAAAAGCACAUAAACAAGAGGAAAUUAAUAGAUACUUUAAAUUAUUAAUUUGGAGUUUGGUUUUUACUGUUCCUGUUUUUUUAACAUCUAUGGUUCUUAUGUAUAUACCUGGAGUUAAAAAUGUUUUAGAGGUCAAAAUUGUCAAUAUGUUGAAUAUUGGAUUGCUCAUACGGUGGGAGUUUUCGACACCGGUACAGUUUGUCAUAGGAAGAAGAUUUUAUGUUGGAGCCUAUAAAGCUUUGAGCAAAGGUUAUGCAAACAUGGAUUUGUUGAUAGCAUUAGGAACAAAUGCAGCUUAUUUCUAUUCUGUUUAUGUUGUUGGAAGAGCUACAUUUUCUUCCCAUUUCGAAGGAAGUGAUUUUUUUGAAACAAGUUCUAUGCUUAUUUCUUUUAUUCUACUUGGCAAGUAUUUGGAAGUGUUGGCUAAAGGGAAAACAUCACAAGCUAUUGCGAAACUCAUGGAUUUAACACCUGAUACAGCAACCUUACUAACUCUUGAUGAUGAUAAGGGAAAUGUUCUAGGUGAAAGAGAAAUUGAUAGCAGGUUGAUACAGAAGAAUGAUGUGAUCAAAGUUGUGCCGGGCACGAAAGUAGCAUCGGAUGGUUUUGUUGUUUGGGGACAAAGUCAUGUAAAUGAGAGUAUGAUAACUGGUGAGGCAAAGCCUGUUGCUAAGAUGAAGGGUGAUAUGGUGAUUGGUGGUACUGUGAAUGAAAAUGGUGUUUUGCAUGUUAAGGUAACAAGGAUUGGAUCAGAAACUGCACUUUCACAGAUUGUUAGACUUGUUGAGUCUGCUCAGAUGGCUAAAGCUCCUGUCCAGAAAUAUGCUGACCAGAUUUCUAAAUACUUUGUUCCUAUAGUGAUUGUGUUAUCUCUUUCAACAUGGAUAUCAUGGUUUGUAGCUGGAAAAUUGCAUUCAUACCCAAAAUCAUGGAUACCAUCUUCUAUGAAUAGUUUUGAGCUUGCACUUCAGUUUGGAAUUUCAGUCAUGGUCAUAGCUUGUCCUUGUGCUCUAGGCCUAGCCACUCCUACAGCGGUCAUGGUUGGUACCGGAGUUGGUGCAACUCAAGGUGUGUUGAUCAAAGGUGGCCAAGCAUUAGAAAGUGCACACAAGGUGAAUUGCAUUGUGUUCGAUAAGACAGGAACUCUCACUAUUGGGAAGCCAGUGGUUGUAACUACAAAACUCUUCAAGAAUAUGCCAGUUAAAGAUUUCUAUGAACUUGUUGCUGCAGCAGAGGUGAAUAGUGAACAUCCAAUAGCAAAGUCCAUUGUUGAUCAUGCCAAAAAUAUCACACAAGAUGAACAAAAUAACCCAUCAUGGCCACAAGCAAAAGAAUUUGUGUCUAUUGCAGGACAUGGAGUGAAAGCAAUUGUUCAAAACAAGGAAAUAAUGGUUGGAAAUAAAAAACUGAUGUUAGAUCAUAACAUAGCUAUUUCAGUGGAAGCUGAAGAAAUACUAGCAGAAGCUGAAAACAUGGCUCAAACAGGAAUUUUGGUAUCAUUGGAUGGAGAAAUUGUUGGAGUUUUGGCUGUGUCUGAUCCACUGAAACCUGAUGCAAAAGAAGUUAUUUCUAUUCUUAAAUCCAUGAAAAUAAAGAGCAUAAUGGUGACAGGUGAUAAUUGGGGAACUGCAAAUUCUAUAGCUAGACAAGCUGGUAUUGAAACUGUCAUGGCUGAGGCUCAACCUGAGACUAAAGCUAUUAAAGUAAAAGAAUUGCAGAAUUCUGGAUACACAGUAGGAAUGGUAGGAGAUGGUAUCAAUGAUUCACCAGCACUAGUAGCAGCUGAUGUUGGAAUGGCAAUUGGUGCUGGAACAGACAUUGCUAUUGAAGCAGCUGACAUUGUUCUUAUGAAGAGUAACUUAGAGGAUAUAAUAAUUGCCAUUGACCUUGCAAAGAAAACUUUCUCACGUAUACGUCUAAAUUAUAUUUGGGCUUUAGGUUAUAAUAUUCUAGCCAUUCCUAUUGCUGCUGGCAUACUUUUUCCUUCUACUAAAUUUAGGUUACCACCUUGGAUUGCUGGAGCUGCAAUGGCUGCUUCUUCUAUCAGUGUUGUUUGCUCUUCUCUCUUGUUGAAGAAAUACAAGAAACCAACCAAGCUUAACAACUUGGAGAUGAAUGGUAUUCAAAUUGAAUGAUCAACUUGUCAUUUGUAAAUUUGUAAGUAUAAUAAUUAGUCUUGUUUGUUGGGAGCAACAUUUUGUUAUGUUGCAAUUGUAAUUUCAAUGUAAAUGAAAAAGUAGUUUUUUCUAUUAAAAAAAAAGUAAUUAGUUUUAGUAAAACAAGAUGUUUAAUUUCAAUAUUGAUCUUGAAUACGAAGAAUAUUGGAUUUUUUUUUUUUAAGAAAAGAUGUUUAUAGUAUUUCUUAUAGUAAGUUGUUCAACAAAUGUAGAUACAUCAAUGUAAAUAUGAAAAUUUGCUAGAGAUCUGGUCAUCCGCGG